AACAGAAUUUUGUGUUCUGGACAGGGUAAAACCCAUUCCAUUUCUGGGCAAUCAGGCUCUUUUCCUCUGGGCACAAAAUCAUUAGCAUUCCAAUGAAGAUAAUUUAGACCAGCAGUUUCUAAACUUUUUGAGCUGAGUCCUUCAACUCAGAGGAAAAUAGACGUCACUAGAGGGGAUGGCCCAUGAAUUUGAGUCAGGGGGUGAAGAUGGUGCUUCCUCCCCAUGUCCUGCCACAUGGAGCUGGUGUCACUGCUCUCGGACUGAUCAGGAACACAAAUGAGGAAAUGUGUUUUUUACAAAAAUUCUAGGACUUUUAACCUAGCAGGCUCCCUUUAAUUUCCCCUCUCUCUAUGUUGUGAAAGGCUGAGGUUGGCGAAACAACGUUAGAAAGAUGAACUUGAUGACAAAAGGCUUCAGUGAGCUCCAGGAAUUGAGCAGCCGAAGGCAACAGAUGCCGGUAUGGAAGCUUCCCAGCGGUAGAUCUACACUGAGUAAAUCAGCUCAAGCCAUCAGAUGCUACUAUGAGAACCAAGCUGAUCUCAGACCUGCUGGCUUCUCCGAGUCUGAGUAUGAACCUCAGGUGAAGGAAUUACAGAGAUCUUUUCUAAUGCGCCCUGGGUGUCCUAGAUUCAGUAACAAAGCAACUUCAACAACCAAGCUUGAUGGGACUUUACUAAAGAUCCCUAAUAAGACCUAUAAUUUGAGUACCAUUAGUCUGUCCUCCCAGCUCAACUUUGAAGAAUGGGAAGCUGCCUUUCAGAACGUAUCUCCAGCAGAAUCAACCACCCAAGCCUAUUUCCCCCCAGCAGCUGGCCAGCUCCUACCCAGUAAAAGUCUCACUGGUCUCUCUAAAUGGAAAAGUUUCACAGAAGGAGUAGGUCCAGAUGAACAUCGAAUGGGAUCCAGAGAGAGUAAACUCCCAUGGUACAUUGAUGUAAUCCGUGAGAAGGAGCGAUGCUUGCUGAUGAUGGGAGAGGAGAUUAAUCGUCUUUCCAGAUGUGAGGCAGAAUGUGUGAAGAAGGAUGAUGUGAUCUCUGUCCUCAGGGAGGAGAUAGAGACUCUCAAGAAGCAUCUGAACAUGCUCGGGAGGGACAGUGUCAUCCCAGAGGAGAAAGACGUAGCCGCAGACCCGGUAGCUGAUGACAGCAAGACGAAGAUGUCCAGUGUAAGCAGCACAGUGCAGGAUGGUCUAGGACCAAGUGGCACUAAAGAAGAUUUGAGAGAGGAGGUGGCAUGCUUAAAAUUAAAACUGAUCUACUCUGAUAAAAUACUGGAUUCCAGGAUUGCCAGCCUGUCCAAGUCCCUGAUGAAAGACCAGGAGGAACUACAGCAACUGGAAAAGGAGUAUUCAGAAAUGCAGCAAAAGGGCUUAAGACAAGAAGACAUGGAAAAAGAGCUUCUCAGUGGUACCGAGAUUGAGGAGGCUUCAGAAGAGGAGGAGAAUGAGGCAGAGGCAGAAGAGAAAGCAUCCCUGGUCAAGCUCAGAGAAUUCCAGCAAAUGAACCAAGAGCUCUGUCAAGAACUGGAGAAAGCAAAAACUGACUAUGACAUGGCCACAGGUGCCAUCACUUCCUUGCAAAGGCAGCUGGCUUUCCAGGAGUCACAGCUGCGGACUGCUGAGUCUGACAAGGAAAUUCUGCAGAAGGAGCUUAGAGAGCGGGGAAAUCAGUUACAAGCCAUGUCUGCCAAGUUUUCCAGCCUUCGAGAAGAGCGGAAGCAUGAAGAGAUGAUGGGAAUGAUAGAGAGAGAGAAUUACAAACUCCGACAGGACACUGCAGAACAAGAAGCCAAGCUGGCCGAGCAAAACAAACUGAUUGAUGAUUUGCAGGGCAAGAUCAACAGGCUCCAGGCAGAGGUUCUGGUAGCCCAGCACCACAUCCAGAAGCAGCUGCGUGAGCAAAGUGAGCUGCAGAGCCAAGUGGAGGCCUUGCAGCACGCUGAGCAGCAGGCCAAAGUCGCACUGGAGUGCACCAACGCCAGGUUUGAAAGAUUUCGAUGCAAAAUCAUUCAGGCCACAUACAGCGCUGCUGGUAUCAAAUCCCCCCAAGCCGAAAUUAGCGAUGAGGAGGCUCUGGAGACCAUGCAGAGAAUAAUUAGUGACCGGGUGGAUUUUCAUUCACUGCUGAAACAGAAGGGUGUGAAGGUCCCGCCUCUCUUCACUGAGACGGCAAGUUUGCCACCUCCUAACUCUAAGAAAAAGAGCCCUGUGAAAUAGGGUAUUGCAUGUUGAGAGCAGACCCCUGCAGCUGAGCCAGCCUCCGACAGGCGCUUUCUCCCCGGACUCUUCCCCGGUUGCGAUGUGGUUUGUUCUCAAGUGUUUGUUUUUACUGACAAAUUAAACAAUUGAAUUUAACUUCAGCUGG